ACGCUCUUGUCUUCUUCGGGUUGUUUAUCCGCAACGGUCGCGAGCUCAGCAGCGUCUCCUCACGAGGACGGCCAGCCCAGUCCUGUCAGCGCGCGGCUGUGUGUUGUGGAAGAUGGCGCUAGCCGAAUGGAAAUCCUAAUGACAGUCUCAAAAUUUGCUUCUUUUUGUACCAUGGGCGCCAAUGCCUCUGCUCUGGAGAAAGAGAUUGGAUCUGAGCAGUUUCCGGUCAAUGAGCACUACUUUGGCCUUGUAAAUUUUGGGAACACCUGCUACUGCAACUCGGUGCUGCAGGCUCUGUACUUCUGCCGGCCGUUUCGGGAGAAGAUUUUAGCGUACCGCAGUCAGCCUCGGAGGAAGGAGAACCUGCUCACCUGCCUGGCUGACCUGUUCCACAGUAUUGCCAACCAGAAGAGGAAAGUUGGGGUCAUACCCCCCAAAAAGUUUAUCACAAGGCUACGCAAAGAGAAUGAGCUCUUCGACAACUACAUGCAGCAGGAUGCCCAUGAGUUCCUCAACUACCUGCUAAACACCAUCGCAGAUCUGCUGCAGGAGGAGAGGAAGCAGGAGAAGUCAAACGGCCGUCUUGCCAACGGCACAUUGGACUCCCAGAACAACAACAGCAACGCCACACCUGCUCCAACAUGGGUCCACGAGAUCUUCCAAGGCACUCUGACCAAUGAGACGCGUUGUUUAACCUGUGAAACGAUAAGCAGCAAAGAUGAAGACUUUCUUGACCUUUCUGUGGACGUAGAACAGAAUACCUCCAUCACACACUGCCUCAGAGGGUUCAGCAACACGGAGACCCUGUGCAGCGAGUACAAAUACUACUGUGAGGAAUGUAGAAGCAAGCAGGAGGCACACAAGAGGAUGCGUGUAAAGAAGCUGCCAAUGAUCCUGGCUCUGCACCUGAAGCGCUUUAAGUACAUGGAGCAGCUCCAGCGAUAUACCAAGCUGUCCUAUCGCGUUGUCUUCCCCCUGGAGCUGCGUCUCUUCAACACCUCCGGAGACGCCACCAAUCCUGAGAGGUUAUACGACCUGGUUGCUGUGGUGGUGCAUUGUGGGAGCGGUCCAAACAGGGGUCACUAUAUCGCCAUUGUAAAAAGUCAUGACUUCUGGUUGCUCUUUGAUGAUGAUAUUGUAGAGAAAAUCGACGCCCAGGCUAUAGAGGAAUUCUACGGUCUCACCUCUGAAAUCUCCAAGAACUCAGAGUCGGGCUACAUCCUCUUUUACCAGUCCAGAGACUAAAUGGGGAGCUGAGCGCUUUGCCACAUUUUCCCAGAGAGACUCUGUCCUCUAACUCUGUGGGGGAAGCAGCAGAUUGUAAUCUCGCACGGCGUCAUACCUGCCUGCACAGCUGUAACUCAUAACUGUGCUUUUACGCAGCUCGGCCGUGGUCGUUCCCUCUACUUACCAGCUGACUCUGACGGCUUCCAUGUCCUUCCCGCCCCCUCCAUCAUCCGCCGCUGCUGCUGCCAGGACUGAGAGGGACGAUAAAUCAAAUUGUGUCGAUUGUUUUUAAAGGACUGAGGGUUGUAUAGAUAUUGACUGGCUGUAUGAGUGCUGUUCUAGUUUUUGCCUCGGGUGUGGGAUGAGUGGGUAUUUAAUUCAUAAGAUGUAAUAUCGGCCUGGAGUCUUCACCUCCCACAUUGUUAACCUAAACUGUGACGGAAGUUGUUUUAUUUCUUUUAUUUUUUUUCUUUGGUCAUGGAUGUAACAGAGGAUGGACAGGAGAUGGGUGCCCCAUUAACAGGGUGCAAUGGACUGUGUAUUUUAGUGUACAGAAUGGUAUUUGUAUAAAUAUUUCAUUAAGAUAUUAUCAUUGGAAAACGUUAGACUUGGAGAAGAUGUAUUAACACUAUGGUGCACUUUUGAUACCGUUUUGUAGGUGUUGGCAAGCUUGAUGUGAGAGGGGUUGCUUGGAAAGGCCUGUUGUGAAGCGAUCAUUUUCUGUUUUAAAGAAAAAGAAAUAAAGACAAUAAGAUCGAG